GGUGGGGGGAGUCCAAUGGAAGCCUUCGUCGUAAGCUGAAGAAGACAAUCGAGUCUGAAUUUAGGUUGAUAAACUGAGAGGAAUUUAUUAAAUGCGCUUAUAAAUCCACUUUUUCCGCCUCGGCCUGGACCUGCCGACGUGUCCUGGCCGUCUUGGAGCCUCUGAUCCGCCGGUAACUGCCUCUGUUCGGCCUUGUUUAUACUGAACAGCUCGACUCAGGGAAGCAGAAGGCCCGGCGGCUCUUCUGCUGUCUGUCUGUGAGGCUAACGGCCCUGUGGGCUCAUCUCUGUGUCUGAUGACGAUCGGCUCUUUAACUCACCGGUGAACAUGAACCAGAUGCAACAAUGACAUCCAGAUUUGGGAAAACCUACAGCCGCAAGGGAGGAGAGGGCACAUCCAAGUUCGACGAGGUCCUGUCCACCAAAAGAGGCACCCUCAGUACCAAAUGGGGCGACACUACCUACAAGGCCAAGGUGGGCUCCAAGCGAGCGGGAGCCCCCAAGAAUGACUCGGUCCUGGAGGUCUACAAGAAGCCCCGUCUCUCGGAGGACGGCCUGGACGAUCCGUUCGGCUUCGACAGCGACGAGGAGUCCAAACCGGUGACGUCCCGGGCGGGCAGCAAGUCGUCGCCCUCCAAGCCGGCGUCGGCCGAGCCGCCGCAGGCAGAGCGGCCGGGCUUUUCGUUGGAUGUGGGCAGCCGGUCCAGCUUCCAGAGGGGAUCGUCCCACGCCGCUGUGCUGUCUGCUGCGGAGAGCCCGUGGUUUAGCGGCGACGGGAGUCAGCCGGAGAUGAUGGAGGACACCGCCCGGUUCUUCAACAGCACCACUUUAAACGCAGGAUCGUCAUGGCAGAACCCGGCGUCGUCACAGAACCAGCACAGCUACUCCUGGUACCUAAAUGCUUCGGACAGCGACAAAAAGCCCCUGGCCCAGACCACCACCCUGAAGACGGACUACCAGGCCGAAUCUACGUACGACUCCUGGGAUGCCAUCAUGGGUCUCCGUCCACCAUCGCCCCUCCAGGAACCCCGAAACCCGGCCCCCACGCUCUCCUGGGGCUCGCCGGGAAUGGCGGCGGCUGGCCUUCACUCGGCGCACAGGAAGCCCCCCUCUCCUCCGCGGCCGCAGAACCCCAGCGAGAGAAACAGUCUAAUCGGCGAGUCCGACCUCGCCGAGUUGUCCAAAUUCUCCCAGACGUCCGCCUCGUUAUCACUCGAAAGAAACUCAAACUGUCGGACGUACAAGAGGCCCAACAAGCAAGACUCGGGCAGGGCUUCGGACUCCAGCAGCUUCGACGACGACGCCUUCGGCUCCGAUCUCCCCAAAUCCUCCACCGACGCCAACCAUACCAAAACAGCAGGCGGGGGGCGGGGCCGGGGCAGGACGAGGGACUACACGGUGCUGCAGCCCUCGUCCGUGUCGGCGAGCAACGUCACCAACCAGGACCGUGGCAGGGACGAGUUUAUUAGUGAUGCGGCGCCUGCCAGCGGUGCCGGUGGCGCCUCUUCAGGCAGUACGACGGAAGCACAAGAGCUGGGGUGGCAGCGGAAAAAGGCCGAAGCACAACAGCCGAGGCCCAGGCCGACCCAGACCAAGUCAAAGAAGGAGGACCUGUUCGGCUUCGACGACACCGACUUCAACCUGGAAGAGAACAGCGCCGACAGCGGCGACGGCAAGUCCAGCUACAAAAUCCAGUACUUCGGCUUCGACGACAUGAGUGACAGCGACGGCGCGGACGACGACGGCGAAUCCAAACCGAGGAGGAAGGUCGCGCAGGCUGCGGCAUCCAAGGCGACCCCGGCGGUCACCGUCAAGGAGACGACGGCGGCAACGACGGUUGAUGACGACGACGUUCCGGAUCCGUUCGAGAGGCUGGAGAACCGAGAAAGUCAGCAGAUCUGGGAAAAGCCGCCGGUGAAGGAGAGCAAGAGGAACUCUGAGAGGAAGACUCAAAGAGAUACUCUGGACUUCUCUGAGGACGGCCUUCGAGUGCUGGCCAGCGGCCCCAGACGGGCGGCUCAAAGCAAAGUGAUCGAGAAGAAUCCCGACACGUUCCGGAGGAUCUUCAGCGCACAUAAGAAGUCUCCCACCAAAGCUGUGUACAACGCCAGACACUGGACCGUGGAGAGCGAGGAGGAACCACCGCCGCCUUUCUUCUCCCGAUCGCACGCGACUUCUGCGUCUGUCCCGACCGGGAGCUCCAGCAAGGAGCCGGCCGACUCCCAGAAGGACGACGGGGUCUUCAAGGCGCCGCCUCCACCUCCAAAGGUUACAAAGUGCGUCACCGUUCCCACAGAUCCGUACCAGGACACGGUCACGGCACUCAAGUGUCGUAAAGAACACAAAGAGCUCUACACGGUGGUCCAGCAUGUGAAGCACUUCAACGACGUGGUGGAGUUUGGGGAAAACCAGGAGUUCACGGAUGACUUUGAGUACCUCGCCACCGGCCUGAAGAGCGGCCAGCCGCUCAACACUCGCUGCCUUAGUGUGAUCAGCCUGGCGACCCGCUGCGCCAUGCCGAGCUUCAGGAUGCACCUCAGAGCCAGAGGGAAGGUGGCUCAGGUCUUCAAAACGCUGAACGACGCCCCGCAGCUCCCGAACCUGGCUCUGUGCACAGCAGCUCUGAUGUACAUCCUGAGCCGCGACCGGCUGAACAUGGACCUGGACCGGUCCUGUUUGGACCUGAUGAUCCGGCUGCUCGAGCUGGACCAGGACCACGGAGCCGCGGCGGAGCCGGACUCCAGCGUCCAGUUUAGUGCCAAAGAGCUGGCCAAGAUAAAGGAGAAGAUCAGGAAGCUGUGCGACACCGUGCACAACAAGCACCUGGACCUGCAGAACAUUACGACGGGUCAUUUAGCCAUGGAGACGCUGCUAUCUCUGACCUCGAAGCGAGCGGGAGACUGGUUCAAAGAGGAGCUGCGGCUGCUGGGAGGACUGGAUCACAUCGUGGAUAAAGUGAAGGAGUGUGUCGACAACCUGGACCAGGAGGACCAGGAGGAGAAGCUGGUUUCUUCGCUGUGGGGAGCGGAGAGGUGUCUGCGGGUGCUGGAGAGCGUGUCUGUCCACAACCCAGAGAACCAGGGCUACUUGAUCGCCUACAAGGACUCGUCGCUCAUCGUCUCCUCCGCAAAGGCUCUGAGGAGGUGCGAGCAGAUGAUCCAGCGGUACAGCAGGGAGGUGAAGUCAGACGGCGGCACGGUGGGGAAAGCAGUGGAGAACUGCAUGAGGGCCAUCAUUGGAGUCCUGCUCAACCUGACGCACGACAACGAGUGGGGCAGCACAAAAACGGGCGAGCAGGAGGAUUUGAUAGCGACCGCUCUGAACUGCGUUCUCAAAGUCCCUCAAUAUCUUCCUCAGGAGCAGAGAUUUGAUGUCAGAGUGCUGGGUCUGGGGCUGCUGAUCAACCUGGUGGAGUACAGUGCCAGGAAUAGAUACUUCCUGAUGGAGAUGGAGAUGGAUGGGGGUGAGGGGCCGUGCGACUCCACCGUCCUGCUCAGCGAGCAGCAUCAGGACCUGGGCAGUGGUGGCAACGGCAGCGGGCCUCUGAGCGCCAUCGCGGCCCUCGUACAGCUGUUCCUGCAGCGCGAGCGAGCCGCCAUGCUGGCCGAGGCGCAGACCGAUGACCUCAUCAAAGAGGCUCCGAAGCCGGCACUCGACCAGAGCGGCGAGUGGCAGGAGACCGGAGGCGAGAUCCAGUGGGUCGCCAACGACAACGCCUCAGACAAACAGGAGGAGGCCAAGAAGAAGAAUAACGACGAGGAGGACGAGGAGUUGGACCUUAACAAAGCUCUGCAGCACGCAGGGAAGCACAUGGAGGACAGCAUCGUAGCCUCGUACACAGCACAGCUCCUGGGCUGCCUGUGUCAGGGGAGCCCGAUGAAUGUGACUACUGUGAGAGAAAACCUGCCAAAAGGAGAUUUCUCCAUCAUGACAGAAAUGCUGAAGAAGUUCCUCAACUUCAUGAACCUCACAUGCGACGUGGGCACCGCAGGACAGAAGUCCAUCUCCCGGAUUAUUGACUACCUGGAGCAUUGCUAGAGAAGCCUGACACACACACAUGCAUACAGACUCUAUGCCUCACACACCAACACCUACACUGUCCUCUGCCACUGGGAGACGCCUCCUCCUCCAGUCAAAGGCAGCCCUUCUCCUCCCCCAUGGUUCGUUGUUGUCAUUAGUGGAUGAUUUGGUUCCUUCACCCGUUCUGAAGUGUCACCCUAAAGCAGUGUUUUGGCUUUUAGUUGUUUUCGUUUUUAUUUAAAGUUCCUCGAGAUGUUGUUUUAUUUCCAGUCCGACUUCCCCUUUUUGCUUUUCUGAAUUUCUUUUUGAAAAUUCCUCACAGCUCAUCUUCCCUCCGAUUGCAAAUGUUUUUUUUCCUGUGCCGACUCCCUCCUGUCCUCGAAGCUUCAAAACAUCGCAAGAUGAUUUAAAAAAAAAAAAAAAACAACAACCCAGAGAAGUCCAAAUUGAUUUCUUUGCUUUGAAAGUGACAUCCCUCUCUACUCCUCAUCUUGCUUCUCUCCCUUUCCCCCCCACCUCUUGACUGUGUGGAAAAGACGCUCAGGAAUCAAAGCUAUUGAUCUUUUGUGGGUCAGAAGCACAGAAUCUAGUCCGGACCACCUGGAAAUGUCACUGUGGGCCAUGUUCCUUUCCGUUUAUUAGUACAGACAAGCUUUUUUCUCUUGUUUGCAUUGUCAAAAUUCAAGUUUUCUGAUCAUUUUCUAUAUGCAACACCCGUUUAUCCCUAACAAAUGGCCGUAGAUGGACGCAAACACGAAGGAAGUUGAACAGAGAUCAAACACGGCUGAGAAAGGAGGAGUGGAACUGAAAGUGACACCAAGAUGUUCCGAAGUCCCUGAAAGCUCGAGGUGGAAAUUUCCUUUUGGGUUUCUCAGACUUCAAAUGGUGUGUUUGCGACGCACUGGAACCCAGAAGCUGAUUGGCUCAUUCGAUUCUGAGGAUAUCAGGUUGGGGAUAAAUCUAAUCCUAAAAAAAAGUUCUUAGGAUGAAAGCUAUUACCGAAGCAAGGAUCAUUUUUGGCAUUUCAUAAAAAAAACCCAACAACUUCUCAAUCAAUAAACGUUUCACAGGAA